UGCCAGAGCUUUACAUUGUAAGUACCAAAAACUGCAACUGUUGGUUCACUAAAGGUAUUUUUUUAUUUCUUUGUCCUGUUUCAUACAGUAUGCAGUGUAGAUCCUUAAUCUCAUGAGUUGCAUAAGACAUAACUACCAUGCAUUUGGGCUUAGACCUCUUUCGGUUAUAUGUGGGGAUGAUUUGGGUGAAUUGAAUUCCUUUCACUAAUUUGCAAUUUGGGAAAGCUGUUAUACUAUUUUUCCAUUUAUAUAAGUUACGCUGCUAUUCUUGUUUUUACCUUCAAGUCUACCUUCGAGGGAAUUGACUUGCUUCUCUCUUCAUUAAUUUCUUAUUCCAUGUCAGCCUUCAGGAAAAGGUUAGGACCUAGGAGCCACCAUAUUACAAGCUCGUUUAGCAGAUACUUACCCAUUUGGUAUUUAAUGUCCAUAGACUUUGGUAAAAUGAAAUGUCGAAGUUGUUAAUAACUGAACUAAUGUACUCGUCAUAUACCAAAGUGGGUGCAUGUCUAGUGGGAUCUUGAUCCUCUUCCUCACAUGGACAUGACAUUAUAGGACUUAUACGUAAGUUGGGAAAUGUCUGUAUUGACUGGGAAUAUUGAAUGAGGUUUAUUGUGUUAGCAUCAUAUUUGAUCUGUAGUGUUGUUGCAGUGAUAAAGCUUCCUGAAUCUCAUAAGUGCGUUUUGUGCUCUAAGCAGAGGAUGGUUAUGGAAACAGUGACUGCUAUCCUUGGUGGGGAAUUACAUGUAGGGGUACUUCUUCAAGGGAAGAAGGUUAGGGAGGACAACAGAACUCUGCUGCAGACUGGUAUUUCUUGUAGUGGUAACCUUGAUACUCUGAGUUUUACACUGGAGCCUUGUAUCUCCCCAACUUCUCCACCUGUUAUAGAUCCUCCUCUUUCGGUGUCAUGUGAGGCACAUCAACAAUCACCCAGUGCUUGAGGCUAUGACCGGAGGUAGUGCAGCAUAUCAGAAGCUUAGAAAUCCUUUACUUGAAGGUGUUGAAGGUCCAGCACAGUUACAUUCUGCAAACAGUUUGUGAGCUUGGACUGUUUUUCUGUAAUAGAGGGUUGGGAAGCUAGACUGUGGCAGAAGUUAUUCGGCUUUAGUCAUUUUGAAGGAUUAAAGUCAACUCCUUGUAAAUAGAAUUUUUAAAAUUCUUUUGUGUUGAUGCUGCUAUGCAAAGAUGAUGCUGUGCUCAAGAUGUUCAUUGUCUUUCCAUUGAUGGUUGCUGCUGCAAUUUUGCUAGGUUGCAGUAUGUGGCUGAUGCAGUCCAUUGCAGCUGGAGGUCUUAUCCUGGGAUGGAGAUGUUCAGCUGGCAAAAUUCUGCAGCUUCAGAAAUUCAUCAGUAGUACGGGAAAUAUGCUGGUUGCUUUCUGUUAUACAACAGAAAAACUGAUUUUUGUAACAAUUUUUAUGUUACAGUUUUACUGUUGCUAGGACACUUCAUGGUUUUGAUU